AUGUCCUUCCAGCUAACCCUCCCCCAUGCCCUCGAUGGAUUCUACAUGGACAUUCCGGGGGGCCUCCAAGGUCUUUUCGAGGAGCGGCUCCUUUUUGAAACCCUACAACGCCUCGAACCCCGUUUUUUAUGGGGUAUGUACACGAGUGUGUCGGCGACAACUGGGCUGGCUGGAUCCCGCUAUCGGAUCCACUUUCUGGGGUCUGAACUCCCUUCCACCAUGCUGCUGGACGGACGCAUGGUCGAGGAAUUCAUCUUCCGCGGCCGUUGUCUGCGUGUGUAUGGCCGUGGAUGGUUCUUCCGUGACAAGCGACUGGCUCGCCUGGACCUGGACGCUAUCGCGGCCAGCACGGACCAUGCCAAACCGUCGACUCAUCCCCCACACCCAACCACCGCACCCCAAGCCACACCAGCUAAACGGCAAAAGACGGCCACCAAGGACCCCAAUGCGUGGACGGACGUCCGCCGCAAGACACCAUCGGUGGCUCCAGCGCCCUAUCCUGUGCACUUGCAUGGACGACCCUGGGCGUCGCCAAAUGCAUUUGCUGCUCUACAUGAGCGAUGGACGGUUGGACAUACCGUGCACCGUGCCGACCACGAUGGCGUGUCCUUUGAAACGAUCACCCCCGAGGCGACUGCGAGCGACAGUGACCCUGUACACCACACUGCAGGCGAGUAUGUGACGUGCCCGAAACCGCACAAGGGCAAAAUCUCGCAUGUCGAGGUGCCCCUCGAUGACCUCAUCGCCGAGCUCCAAUCUCUCGAGGCCAAAUCUACCGUGGCCAUUCACCACCAUGCAUCCCACGUGGAAGCUGCUGUCCGAGGCAGUGAAUUCAACCUCGCCGUUCUCGUCAAUACUGGCAGGGUUGACUCAACUUGCACCUUCAUGGAACGGCACCCUGAGGACUUUGGGAUCCAGCUACACCAUCUCUUUGCAUCGGACCGACCCACGUUCGAACUGUUCCUCCGCCAGCGGCUCCUGCACCGGUGGCUCCGAGUCACAUGGGGCGGCUCGGCGUCGUUCGAUCAGCUCUAUACCAAGUCAUUUGGCACCAAUAUGUCCAGAGACUCAGUGGCCGAACUCUUCCGAGCCUUGCAACGCUCUGACACCCUUGAACCCAUCACCUGCGAGACGGAUGAUGGUGACGAGUUGACCCUGUCGCGCUUCGACCUGGAACUUGUGUUGGCACUAGCCGAGGCUCCGACGAUGCUGAAUGUUCUCAUGACGACCUGCAUGGGCGAGGAGCUGUGGCGCAUCAUGGAAACGAUGUUUUCUGGUGAUGAUGACAUGCAUCGAGUCAUGGUCUAUCUCGCUGACAUUCAUGCGAGUGGCUACAUCGACAUUUCUUGCAUUGGCACCACACGUUGGAACCAGGACUCGGGCCGUUUUGGCGUGGACAAUGGCCAAAACAACGAGUCUGCCACCCAGUUUGACGAUUCCACCGCGACCCCAGGGGUCGGCCUCCAGUACUAA